AUGUUCAAAUAUAACUCCAGACAGCGACUAAACCUCUCCACCUCCCCCCGACAACCCCAGCCCGCUGAAACUAAGAGAAAGAAAUUAAAGAAUCCUCCGACAAAGAGAGCCUUGAAUAUCUGCCCCACCCAUUCGUAUCUACUGUUUUUUUCCUGCCACAUUUCAUUUAAUCUAUUCUUCGUUUUCACUUUCAUUUCGUCUGUACUUUUUUCUCUUUCGUGCCUUUUAACCUUCUUUUUCUCUUUCAUUCCUCCUGCUCGUCUUUUUCGCUUCCAGCCCCCUGUCUUUCUUUUUCUCUUUCAUUCCUCCUGUCCUUCUUUUUCGCUUUCAGCCUCCUGUCUUUCAUUUUCUCUUUCAUUCCUCCUGCCUAUCUUUUUUGCUUUCAGCCCCCUGUCUUUCUUUUUCUCUUUCAUUCCUUCUGUCCUUCUUUUUCGUUAUAAUUCCUUUUCUCUUUUUUUUCUCUUUCAUACUUUCUGUCCUUUUUCUCUUUCAUUCCUCCUGCCUUCUUUUUGCUUUUUCAUUCCUCUUUUAUUUCUUUUUCUCUUUUAUUCCUUCCUCCUUCUUUUUCGCUUUCAUCCCCUCUGUUUUUACUUUUUCUCAUUCCUUCUUUCUUUUUUGCUUUCAUUUCUCAUGUCUUUUUUCUUUUUCAUUGCUCUUUUUUUCAUCUUCUCUUUCAUUUCUUCUGUUUUUCUUUUCUUUUUCAUUCCUCUUUUCUUUCCUUUUCUCUUUCAUUCCUCCUGUCUUCCUUUUUCUCUUUCAUUCCUUCUUUUUCUCUUUUAUUCCUCCUGUCUUUCUUUUUCUCUUUCAUUCUUUAUAUCCUUCCUUUUCCCAUUAUUAUUCCUUUUCUUUUUUCUUUAUAAUUCGCAUUAUCUUUCGUCCUUUCAUUUUAUUCUCUUUCAUUCUUUUUUCGUCCUUUUUUUUACGUUUUUUUUCUUCCCUUUUCAUCGUUUUUUUUUUUUUUUUAAUUUUUUCUUUUAA